AUGGCCUAAUUUAUAGUUCAAGAAGUAAUUAGAUUGUAGGUUAUUAUAGCAUCAUUGCAUUUAAGCUUAGGAAAUAAAGAUAAAUUCAUCAUAGAUCAUGACAAAGCUAUAAACUACUAUAACAGAGGUAAUCAAGAUUAAAGUAUGAAGAAAUUUGAUCGAGCAUUAAAAGAUUAAAAUAAAGCAAUUGAAUUUAACUCAAAUGAUGUUAAAGCUUAGAACAACAAAGGUAAUAUUAAUUAUAAUUUAUAUAAGGAAAUCUGUAUUAAUAAAAUAACAUAAAACAACUAGGCUUUUAAGAUUGUAUUUAAGCAUUAAAUUAGAAUCAGACAAACCCCUUUAAUGGUGAAUUAAGCUGA